AUGUGUUCUACUGGUGAUGUACAAUUCUCAGUUGGUGAACAAAGUGAAGCUAUUCGUAAACAAUUUUGGGCAACAAAUUAUUCACAAUGUCCAAUAUGUAAAAGUGAAAAUAUUGCUGUUAAUUGGUGGUCAUGUGGAUUCAUUUCACGUUUAGGAUGGGGUACCGUAGUUUAUCAAUGUCUUGGAAAAGAACGUAAAGAAGAUGUAAAAAAUUUAGAAUGGGAUAAGACAACAAGAAAAUUACCUGGUGAACACGGUUGUGGUUUUUAUACAUCAUUUGUUUAUGAUGAAGGAGGUGAGGGACCAGAAAACUAUGAAACAGCACAUUGGAAAAAACCAUAA